UCAAAAAAAUAUCUCAGAGAUAGAAACGCAGUUUAUCAAUGCUUAGACCGCUGAGAGCUGAACAUUCUCUGUAAUGAUACUUCAUAAGGCAGCCAUGGAGACACUUUCGUCAUCAUUCUCCACCACUUUCGCCUCCUCCAUAUCCAACAAACUUCAAAUUCAAACUUCCACUUCGUAUAUCAAAAUUCCUAGUCCAAUAAACAACAACCACAAGCAUACAAAACUCUCAUUAUCCUCUUCUCAAUCUUCUAUAUUUUCUUCAUUAACCAGGAUAAAAGCAGCGCCCACGACUGCUACCCCUUUCAUUUCCCCUUCUGCUUCUACUUCUAUUAAAUCUGAGAACCGCCAUUGGAUGGUACUUAUGGAGAGUCCGCCACCAGGGGUCGAUUCUAAGCCAGAAAUCGUUGACUACUAUGUCAAGACGCUAACAAGAGUUUUGGGCAGUGAAAAGGAUGCUCAAAUGUGUAUAUAUGAUGUUUCUUGUGAUACCCACUUCGGUUUUUGUUGUGAUAUCGAUGAGGAAGCCUCUCAUCUUCUUUCCAGUUUGCCUGGGGUUUUAUCAGUUAGGCCUGACCCAGAUUAUAAUUCUGAGGAAAAGGACUAUAGUUCAAGUAAUCAAUUGAGUAAUAUAUCAAAUUCACAAAUUGGAAGUACAAUGUUGUUUCCUGCUGGGAAUACCAAACACUGGCUAGUUAGAAUGGAUAAGCCUGGAGUUGGAGUUGUUACAAAGGCACAAAUGGUUGAUUAUUAUGCUGGAAUACUGACCAAGGUUAUGGGGAAUGAAAAGGAUGCACAAAUGUGUAUAUAUCAUGUUUCUUGGCGAUCAAAUUUUGGGUUCUGUUGUGAACUUGAUGAGGAAUGUGCACGAGAACUAGCUAGUGUACCUGGUGUUUUAUCUGUUCAUCUAGAUAAGAAUUUUGCGUCACAAAAUAAGAAUUAUGGAGGUGAUAAUGUUGAAAAUUCUGUAGUUCAGUUGGAUUCUUCAGAUAAAAGUCAAAUAACUCCUGUGAAGACAAAGAAACUUUUUGUGACUGGUUUGUCAUUCUAUACUUCUGAAAAGACCUUGCGAGCAGCAUUUGAAGGCUUUGGUGAGCUUGUUGAAGUUAAAAUAAUAAUGGAUAAAAUCUCUAAAAGGUCGAAGGGUUAUGCAUUUAUAGAGUACACCACAGAGGAGGCUGCAAGUGCAGCACUCAAAGAGAUGAAUGGAAAAAUUAUUAAUGGAUGGAUGAUAGUGGUUGAUGUUGCCAAGAGCAACCCUCCAAAAUACAGCAAGGGUCGUCCGAGACCAGUAGCCUGAGAAUGAGAGAGCUGACUGCUGGGAUGGUGGAUUAUUCUUUAAACAAGUUAGCCGAAAUUUCCCACAUUAGGAUUCUUACUUUGUAAAAGGUUUACUCAUUUUUAUGAGCUUCUCAUUACAGUGUAGGCAUAAUUCAUCAUGUAAAUUGUGUUACUUUUGCUCUAUUACCAUUUUUGAAAUUUGAAUAGUAGAAGUUAAAGCUUACUGUUUCUCACUGUGCAGAAAAGAAGCAUAUGGUUCGUUAAUUGAAAGCAUGACCUUUGUGCAUUAUUCUCUA